ACGGACCCAUUAGGUAGGUACAGCGCAUGCGCUGUGGCCAAUGUGACUACGAAAAUGAUCGUUACGUGACGGUUUCUUUAAGAUAAACUGAGUGCAAACGUUGCACAAGGAGACAAACACAGCGGUACAAUGGCAGGAGAAGAAGAGGAGACCAAGAACAAGGUAAGAGCCGCAAGUAACUUCACGCUUCGAGGACACAUUUGGUGGAAGAGGCUUACUUGCUUCCAGUUUGUAGAAGGUCUGUGUCUUUGUCUGUCUGUCCUUCAGGGUUUCAGGCUGCUGGGGAUCCUGGAUGUCCAGAACACUCCGUGUGCCAGAGACGCCGUCCUACAUGGAGCUGGCGGCUCAGUAACGGCCGGCCUGCUGCACUUUCUGGCCACUAGUCGGGUGAAGAGGUCUUUUGACGUGGGAUUUGCAGGCUUUAUGGUCGCCACACUCGGGUCCUGGUUCUACUGCAGGAUGAACAACGCUAAGCUUCGUGUGCAGCAGAGGAUGAUCCAGGACGGCAUCAAGAACAAGGUCGUGUAUGAAGGGACGGUUCUAGACCCCACAAACAAACCUGGAGCCGAAACCCCAUCAGGGCCCUCAUGACCUCCAGCACUGAAAUCCCUCCCCCUCCUCUGUAAGGGCUGGGAGGAGACGAUAGGACACUGUCAGGGUCAAAGACUCAACAUCCAGUUUAUUUAUUUUAUUUUAUUUUUUUUUCAAAAGACUGACUUCGGCUGCAUUUUAAGGGUGUUGUUUUGUUUUUGUUUUUUUCGUCUGAUAACUUAGGAUACAGCAUAUCCAAAGCAUUAGAUCUCGUAUUCCAGACCUCCCACAUACAGACUUUUUGACUGAACGAGUAAGCUGUUCCUAGAGUGUAUCCUGAUUCCUAAAAUAAAAAAAUGUUUAAAUGUAGUAUUUUCUGAAUGUUGUUCCACCCCAGCAAUGACCAAGCAAAUUUACCAGUUAAAUAUCAACUUCCUCAAACCCUGCGAUGCAUGGCAUGCUGUGAUUUCAGUGACUCCUUCUGUCUGAACGUUUGUUCUGCCCACCAGUCAACCACUAAGUAGCCCACACAGAUUGGGAUGACAUGCACCAAAGGUCCCCAGCUGGAAUCAAACAGGGGACAUUGCGGUUAUUUGGUAUGCUAGGCCACCAGGAUGCCCAGUUUUCUGUCAGCUGUCCAAGUCAGAACACCUGCUGUGACAUCUCUAAUUGAAAGUUUUGACCCAUAAAGGACAGAGCAGCAGCAGCAGCUUUCUGUGAUCAAGUGUUGAAUCAGCCUUGAAAUUCGCCUCAAACCCUGAUUGUUUUAUCAUUUAGUAUUUAAAAGUUGAAUGUGUGGAAAAUAAAUUGUGUACUGGUGUAAACUGG